AUGGCUGGACGGUCUUUCCCGGUCUUGGCGGCCUGCGCGUCGGGCGUGGCCAUCGGUUUGGGGCUGCGACGACUGUUGGUGCGUGAGAACCAGGCAGAACAGGCUCAGAAGGAGGAGACGAAUGUCAAGAAGGUCGAAACGAAGAACAUCGACGGUAAAGCCAUUGCGGCGCAGGUCCGUGCUGAAGUCAAAGAGUACGCAGCUCAGCUAAAAGCUGAGUGUGGUGUGACUCCUGGCCUUGCCGUCAUCUUGGUCGGCUCCCGAAAGGACUCACAGUCCUAUGUGCCGCGGCUGAAUGCUACGCUUGCUGCGUGUUUGUGGGUGUUGUAG